GUGCGUUCGUCGAUCGGUGUAAUCAUCCACUUCCACUCUAGACUCUACAGGAAUUAUACAGGGUGAUGAAAUGGCAUUUGAAAAUAAAAAUCCUGGAAUAGAUUCCUGGCAUCCUCCUGAAGGACUAAGAUUUGAUACACAGUCAGUCAAUGUUUCUAAUUCUCUGCUUGAGUUGAGGAGCCAGGAGGAUAACACAGAAGGUGUGGACUAUGAAGCUCAUCCAGGUUUAAAUACAGCUGACCUAAACUUACAACAUGAAGAAAUUGUUGUGAACAAUUUUGUGGAGCAAGAACUUCCUGCUCCUGGAAGUGAAGAUGAACAACAGGCAAGAAAAUCUGUCAGCAUUGACAUUUCAUUGUCAACCAAUGGAAAUUCUGAAGAUGAAGUUUUGGUAAUGGAUGCCUGCAAUCCCCAAACAGUAGAUAAUUUUAGUUCUGGAAUAAUUGGCACCUCAUCAACAUUACAACCUCUUGUUGCUAAUUCCCUGCCAAAAAUAUCACUUGGGAUAAAAGCAAUUACCACUAAAAAAUGUGGGCCUCAUUCAAGUUACUUUAUCUGCUCUGCUGAUGGCUGCACAUCCACAAGUAAAGACCAUCUGCUGUUUCCUUUCCCUAAAGCUCCAAGGGUUGCCCUCUUGUGGCUGCAGCUUAUUGGCAAGCAAAAUUUAGUACAUCAUCUUGGUGUUAAUGGAUCAGUUCCAAACAACUUCUUACUUUGUGAGAACCAUUUUGAUGAUGAUCAGUUCAUAGAAUGUUCUGAUAACAAGCUGAUUAAAAAAACUGCCAUGCCCUCUCGUUUUCUAACCAACCCAUCUGUGAAAACUGAUAAAAUACCUCAAGGAGCUCAAGCAGAAAACUCUUCUCUCAUAUCAACCAUUAGUAAAAAAUCUCAAAAACCUCAUCAAAAUACAUCUUCAGUGGCUUCUAGAAAGGACAGAACAGCUGAAUUUCAUUCACAAGAUAAUAUUCAAGAGGAAUAUUCUGUUACAGCACGAAGAAGAUUUUUGGGUGAUGACACACACAAUUUACAAGCUGUUCACAGCAUUCCUGUCUUCUGUAUUGAUGACUUUGGGAGUGGAGAAGAGUUGGUGGGAAGUAUUCUUCCUAAAGUGGCUGUAGUUUCGUUGAUUCCUCUACAAUCAUCUUCAUUCACUCUGGAGUUUUGUGUCGAGAAUAAUCUAGGUCUAAAGUCCGCCCAGUGCUGCAAAGCUGCCGUGAAGCAUCUUGAGAGUAUUGGCAGACUUGCUACUGAAGAUCAGAGCAUCAGCAUUAAACGCAUAAUUGCUCUACAGUCAAAUAAUCUGGCUAAACUCAGUUCUGUAGACUUACGUAGACCAGAGUUCAUUGAUCAACAAAUCUACUUCAUCAAGUCUGAGCCCUCCACCUCAGUUGGUGAUAUUAAACCACAUCAGGAAGAAUUGUUUGCUGCAAAGGGUGGGAUGAGAAGGUGCGUUGUUGCCGAGUGCCGGCCUGACAAAGACACAGUGCUGUUCCCAUUUCCAGUCAACGAAGACUUGUGCCGCGCGUGGUUGGAGAACAUGGAUGAUCCGAGCCUGCUUGAGCUGUGUCACAGAGACGGCUACAGCUACUGCCACGAAGCCCUGCAUCUGUGCUGUAAACACUUCCAACCCAACUGUUACAUCACCAGACGGGCCAGGCUCAAACUCAUCCCAAACGCCGUGCCUACAAUAUUCAGGCACGGCCGGCUGAGCUACCCCUGCCGUUAUGUCUCAUGGAGACCUUCUCCUUCCGACCUCCGAUGUGACCACGACGACUGCAUGGAGGUGGCAAGCAGGCCUUGGCAGUCAGCAGAAGAGGCGCGGUAUCUUCAAAAGCGAAGGCGAUGGUUAGAAAGAAUGAAGAUUUUAGCUAUGGAGGCUUCCUGCCGCGAGUCCCCUCUGAGUGUACAUAAGAGAAGGCGCGUGGUCUCGCACUUGAGUUCUGAAGUCCCCGACUGCAGCAAUAAUUAUCUGGGUGAUGAAGCUGCGGAUGAAGAUGAUGAGUCUAUCGUUCAACUGCCAGGUGGAGGCUCUCAAGUACUAAAAAUCGAACGACGUUGGAACAAUCCUACUGAGGAUGAGAUGAGUGAACUCGACAAUGAUUUUGAAGACCCGGCGCUUCUAAAGAAGGCCAUCAAAAGAUUCUGUGACGAACAAGUGUCCCUGACAGUCAAGAGGAAACGAACUGAUGCCAGGGUUCGACGUAGGAUUACACCCCGAAAUUCUGGCCCAAAACAACGAAAGCCUCGAUCAAUUUACCCACUGCGCGAUGAGUCAGAGAAAAAAGUGGACAUGGCGCAGCUCGCAGAUCUGGACGCUGAAGUAUCACAACUACGCGCUCAACUGAACCUUCUGAACACGGAGCAUAUGCGCCUGCGCAGCGCAAUCUUCCGUGUGAGCAAGAACGUGGAAAUGGAGGAACAGAUGCCGCUGCGUCACUUCCUUACUCCUAAAGAUGCAUUUGAUGCUUGCAAGCGCAAGCUAGACCCGUGCACCUAUGGAUUUAUGAACCAUCAACAAAGUCACUACACUAAACCGCACUGGGACACCCGCUCUGCAAAAAUUCCCAUUCUGAUAUCCCGCUGUAGUGUGAAAGUCUGGGACGUUCUUCAAACGCUCUUUAAGUUGCCCUGUAAAGCUAGUCUCUUCAAAUACAAAGCUCUAGCUAGGAAAGAUCCUUCGAUAUUCGAGAAUUCAGCGCUCAUGAACGAACUUGUACAGAAAACUUACAAAAGUCGCUUCAAGAGAGCCAGACCGCGUCAGUACACUAAGAAGAAUUCUCUGACUGGGCUCACAGUGUCCAGUGUCUUACAGAACUACAUCAUGAAACACGAGAUCGUGCCGGAAGUUUAGAUCCAUUGGCCGCUGUGAUAGAAACUCUUUGCUUAUUGACAUGAUAUGAGCCCUAAGACGAUCAUAAAAACACAUUGCCUGUCUCCAUUUGGAUGUUACUUCCAAACGACGCAUGAUGAUUGCCUUCAUAUAUUUUAGUUAGUCUUUGUUUCUAGAUCGGUUAUGUUGACUGCGUUUUUUUGGUUAAAAAACUUGCAAGUUAUGUCAUAUUUACAUCAGUCAGUGUUGGGUUGUGCAAUGUUGAAAACCAUAUUUGAUUUCAAUUUGCUGAUAACCUGCCUUUGUCUUUACCAUUAUUCAUAGUCAGAUACUGCAUUGGCUUGUUUAACUACCCUGGGUGUGGUUUAGCUAUCAUAGCCUUGCUGUGGUUUAGCUAUCAUAGCCUUGCUGUGGUUUUACAUUGUUGUCAGCCAGCCCUCCGAUGACCCGCUGAACGACGCCAGGGAGCACGUGACGGCGAUCAAACUUACUGUUCCGCUAAAUAUAGUCGCUUAUUUUCUUCCCUUUUCGUUGAAUCCGCAACAGGGAGCUAAUUUUCAACUAUGUCUACCCCAUAGUUAAUGUUACUAUAAUCGUAGAAUUCUCAUUUCACGUCUGUUAAUUAAUCCUUUAGAUUCUAAAGCAUCAAUUUAACUUACGAAUUUCACGAUCGAAUCUGAAUUAGUAAUUUAGUAUGGCAGAAAUUGCCAUUGCGUCUAGGUGAUCCGUAGUUAUAACUGAGGAGUUUUCUUCGUGAAUAACUGUAAAUCUAUAAAAUAUUAUACCUAUUAUUAUCAUUAUUAAUAAUAUUAUAGAUAUUAAAAUUAGUUUAAUCAUCACAUUUAACUGGAUUCCACUUUGAUUUAAUAAAAUAAGUGAAAU